GAAAAUGCGGAAGAUCAACGGUCACAACCCAAAAGAACUUUUCAUUCAAAAGGGCGAUUUCUUAGUCGGUUCUCGAAAUCAUUCAGCAGCGGAGUGAAAGAAGAUCGCCGAAUCACAUUCUCGAUCUACCAAUUCUCAAUCUGUGUCCUCGUCAAAGGGUUUCUUUCCAAUGGCUGAAGCAAAAUCAGCUAUGAGGAAGCCAGUUUUCACCAAGGUUGAUCAGCUCAGGCCUGGAACUAAUGGACACAAUCUUGUAGUAAAAGUUGUGAGUGCCAAUGUGGUAAUGCAGAAGGGCAGGCCAGAUGGGCCCCAACUACGUCAAAUGCGGAUUGCCGAAUGCUUGGUUGGAGAUGAAACUGGGACCAUUGUGUUUACAGCAAGGAAUGACCAAGUGGACCUGAUGAAGCCGGAAGCUACAAUAAUAUUACGAAAUGCAAAAAUUGACAUGUUCAAGGGAUCAAUGAGGCUUGCAGUGGAUAAGUGGGGACGUGUAGAAGUUACUGAACCAGCCAGCUUCACUGUCAAGGAAGAUAAUAACCUGUCGUUGGUGGAAUACGAAUUGGUCAAUGUUUUAGAGGAGUAACUGCUUCAACACAAUUCCUUCUAUAUGGGGUCAAAAUAUUUAAAUCAGGCAGAAUGUGGUAUUAGGAGAUUGGCAGGGUGAUAAAUUUGUUGUUUUACUGGUCCUUUUGUUUGCUUGAUGCACAGGAAGUUCUUGAAGGAUUCAGAAGUCGUCUCUAUGAAUAGAAACUCCAACUGUCCCAUGGCAGUUGGCUAUCAGUACAGCUGGUGGAGUAAUAAGAAUCAUUCCAUAAUACAUAACAUGGGAACCUUGGUUGUCUGUGUUAAAGACACAUCGUUGUCCCUGUUAUGAGAUUUCGUAUAUAUUAAUCUUAUGUGCAAAGUGCAGUUUCUUAAAUGUUUUGAGUUUCAUCUGGAAUGCUUGAUGUUUUUCCUGACAUUAUUAAGUGAAGAUUGUAUAUGUAUUUGUGGAUUCUAAGGUUGAAAAUCUGAACUUUAUGGUUUAGUUGUCUA